CACGUAUGCGUGAGGAGCUUUCGGCCUUCUUCCUCCCAACAUUCUACAGUGCUUCUCAACCCACUACAUGUCCUGUCUUCCUUUUCAUUGAGAGUGACCAAUAUCAUUUCUCCAUUGAAAUUCGAUCUAUUUCAUGGUUCUUGAGUCCAAAUUCGAUCUGGGUCAGCGCCAGAAUUUCCCAUCUUAAAUUCUCCAAAGUGGGUUUUGUUUGGCGAAACUCAAUGGUUUCUUUUGUGGGUUCUGUUAUGUCACCUGCUGUCAGCAUUUGCAAAAGCAACAGUGUCGCCUCUUCUUCUUCUUCUAGCUACAUGAAAACAUUUUUUCCCAAUUUUGAUUUAGGAAAGCCAUUAUUGCUGCGUUCCCUGACGAAUAGGAAGGAUAAAUGGACUGUUUGUGCUUGUGUUGCACCCCCUCGGGACUACAAAGCUGCUGAUUCUGAUCGGGUUCCCAAUACAAAAUUCAAUCAGGAAUCUGUUAAAUCGGAGAAUGUGAGCUUGUUGAGAGAGCCUAAGAGUGACUCAGAUGUGCUUAUUGAGUGUAGAAAUGUGUGCAAGUCAUUUGGCGACAAGCAUAUCUUAAGAGGUGUGAGCUUAAAGAUCAGACAUGGUGAGGCUGUUGGAAUUAUUGGGCCUUCUGGCACAGGGAAAUCAACAAUCUUAAAGAUAAUGGCUGGCCUACUUGCUCCUGAUAAAGGGGAAGUCUUUAUCCGUGGUAAACUGCGUAAUGGAUUAGUGAGUGAUGAGGAAAUUUCUGGGCUUAGGAUUGGCUUAGUGUUUCAGAGUGCUGCGCUUUUUGAUUCAUUAACUGUUCGUGAAAAUGUUGGUUUCUUGCUAUAUGAGAAUUCAGCUAUGCCAGAGGAUCAAAUUGCACAGCUUGUAACCGAAACUUUAGCUGCUGUUGGUUUGAAGGAAGUUGAAGACCGAUUACCCUCUGAAUUGUCUGGUGGUAUGAAGAAAAGAGUUGCUCUAGCUCGUUCUAUAAUUUUUGAUACCACCAAAGACGUACUAGAGCCAGAGGUGCUCUUGUAUGAUGAACCAACAGCUGGACUUGAUCCGAUUGCAUCAACCGUUGUAGAAGAUCUCAUUCGCUCGGUUCACGUGGCAGGCGAGGAUGCACUUGGGAAACCUGGGAAGAUUGCAUCAUAUGUUGUUGUCACACAUCAACACAGUACUAUUAAAAGAGCUGUUGACAGGCUAAUAUUUCUUUAUGAAGGUAAGGUCGUCUGGCAGGGAAUGACUCAUGAAUUCUCCACAUCAGCUAAUCCUAUUGUUCGGCAGUUUGCAUCAGGGAGUUUGGAUGGUCCUAUUAGAUAUUAGCUUCUGCAGCCAAAACAAAUACAAGACAUACUCGUAGGGUUGAUUUUACCUACCAGCUGAACUUGGUGCUUCAAGGCUGACCUUGUCAAAGCAACAAAAGAGAGAUCAAUGUCUAAAGAGUAGUCACACUUGCAGCUCUUAUUUUGCUGAGCCUGCUUACAUGAAUAUGCACGUCAUAGAAGAAGUUUCUGGUUUUAUUUUACUCUUGUUCUUCCCUCUUAUUUAUUUCACAUUCAUCUUUGUAACCAGUCUCCAUCAUUUUUAGUGCUAGCAACUUGAUACUUGAUAGUAAGGUGUAUCAUGUUGAAAUGAAUUGAUUACUUUACAGUAAGUAAAUUGUGUAACAUACUAAGCAAUUCAU